AUGGCUGCAGGGUCUGCACAGGCUCACAGGCUAGGCCCUUCCCUUGCCAACAGGCCUCCUGCGGCAGGCAGUAUGUCGGCUCCUGGCUCCAAGCGACCAAGCGCCAUUCCAGGGCCAAUUUGGCCGUCCCCGUUUUGUGCAUUGCCGCCGGCGCCUGCGACGUUCAGCCAGUCGCCGGGGCUGGGGGAGGGCAAGUCUCCAAUCGCGUCGACGGUCAUCCGUGGUCGUUGUCGGCUGUUCCGUUUUGGCAAGGGAAAACAAGGGCGAAACUCCCACGGAGAAUUGUUUCUUGUUGACUAUACCUACACGGUCUGGCAAGAGUCAACGGCCAGACGGACCUCUACACCCUCUCGCCGUGUCUGUGAGAAGGCCAAACAAAGGUGCCAGCAUCCUAUCGACAAGUCUUUGUAA